UAACAGAUCCCCACAACAAAUACUUCAAAAUAAGACAACUAAAACUAAAUAAACAGAAAAUAAAACAAUAAAAUGUCCCAUAAAAAGACAAAACAUGAGGAAGGGAUCAACAGGGUUAGUAUUAGAGAGUCCCUAUCAGACCCUUGGAUAAUUCCGUUUCCCCUGCCGGAGCACAAAGAUCCGUCACUGUGCCGAGAUGAGUUCCUCAGCCACCUGAUAAGAAAACACGAGUCCAGGGCAGAGUCCCUGAGGCCCAGAUCGACAAUAAAACGUGAAACUUUAAUUCCCGGAGCCGUGGAGGAGGAGGAUGAAGAGGUUCAGAAGGGGGCCGAGGCUAUGGUCGUGUGGCAGCUGGCCAAGCAACGCCAAGCGGGGCCGCAGAGGAAAACAGUUGAGGAAGUCUUGGCCAGCAUUAGAAUGAGAUCGACCCUGUUGAUGGCACUGAACUACCAGUGCCAGAAGGCGGCCAUCGAGUUCCUGUCGGUGCGACUGCUCAAGCAACUGCGCCUCUUCUCGAGUCCCUGGCCGGGCGAACUGGAAGAGGUUCCCCACGACCUCUUCAGCUGGUCCUUGGAUGACUUCAUGAAGCGUCUGAACAUCAAGCAGAUCUACCUGGAGGUACUCCGUAAGGAGCGAAGUGUAGAGGAUCUCGACUGUGUGAAGUUCUGCAGGGAUCUGAGCGAAAUGGAACUCCUUAUUUACGAAAUUCGAAAGGAUUAUCGCGAAGAUGAAGAUCUCUGUCAAAACAGCAUCCAGCUGCUGCGAAAUGCCCAAUACAACACGAAUGCUCCCUGGGUCAAUACCCUCAAAGCAAACCUGCAAGAUAUGGACGACAGUGAGUCUAAACAGGCGCUUGUUAAUCGCAGAAGCUUCUUUAAGAUGGAUUUUCGUCAAUCAUCGGUUGUGGGGGACUUUGAAAAUGCAACGGCCUUCGAUCCCAUCGAGAUGCGUUACCAAAUCAACUGGCUACGAAGCUGUACGGAUCAGCGUCUGAUGCUGAUCAACGGGCGGGAGGAAGCCAUGAGGAACGAACUGAGGGAUUUGGAGGAGCAAGCCUUGCGUGACCAAUCUGUGCAGGAUUCGUGCGAGCUCAUGUAUUCACUGGAGCUGGGAAAGCUCAGGGAAAGCAUAAAGACUUGGCAGGAUCGACUGGACACUGAUCUGGAGAACGCCGACGUCCAGUGCACUGUCACAAGGCUUGCUGUCCAAAAGGUUAACGACGAUCUGAAGUUCUACAUGGAACAGAAGGACAUGUACCUGAGGAGAUUGGACGAAGUGCGAGCUCUCAUAGCCUACGAGCAGAUGACUCCAGAAGAAAGGGAAUUGGCCGCUAACAAGAGUCGAUUAUCGAGAAGGUCUACGAGGAAAUCUGGGGUAAAGUCUGAAAGGAAGUCUCAAAUAAAAACUGAAAGGCAGCCUGAAAGAAAGUCUGAAGUAAAACCUGAAAGAAAGUCGGAAAUGAAACCUGAUAGGAAGUCUGAAAUGAAAUCUGAACAAAAGUCUGAAAGGAAGUCUGAAAGAAAGUCGGAAAGGAAAUCCAGAAAAUCAGUAGUGUAAACGAAUAUCCUUCGAUUUGGACCAUUUUACUUAUAUAUGUUUGCAAUUUACCAAAGAGAACAUUAAAAGGGACACCCAUUAAGCUUUAA